CCCAAGCUAUUUGUGAUAAGUGGUUGCGAUUUGGAUGUGUGUUGAAUUUGUGAAUAAAAUUGUUAUUUAAAUUAAAUUAUAAACAUGUCAAACGAAUUUGCAUCACAUCCUUUGCUAGAUGCAGCACGUAAAUAUGAAUGGGCCGCUUGCGAUGUUGAUAUUUUUCGUGCUUGCUUUUUUGCCCGCAUUUGCGAAUCACAACCACCAAAACAGUGCCAAUUUCGUGAUAUUAAAGGUAUUAAACAAAGUGGACCAACAUGUGGUCUGGUUGCGCUAAGUAUGUUAUUGAAUGGAGAUCCAACAGCUGAAGAGCUAUUAAAGUCCGCACAUGAAUUAGGUUUCUCAAACAAUGGAGAAAUGUUCAGUGCACAUUACUUACAUCAGCUGUUGCGUGACACCAAGGCCAAUCCACAAAAUAACAACAAUGCGGAAGCACUUGAAUGUUGCUUACACGAAGGUCGCCUAAACUGUGCCAAUAUCAGAGAUGCACUAAGUGAAGGUGCCUGCUUACUUGUGCCCUAUGAUGCUGACUUCAACCAUGAACCGUGUUUAUUGAGAGGACAUAAGGCGCACUGGGCUUUAAUAAUUGGUUUCUUGAUAACAAAAGACGAUAAGUUUUAUGUUUUCGCUCGUCAUGGAAAAACGAAUUCAGUGGGUCUGUGGUCUUUAGAAGAAUUAAGUAAAAGCAAUGCUAACUUACGGGAAUUUGAGCAACCUCGAGCUCACCCAGAUUGUACAUUUUUAAUACCACCUGGAGGAAUUGCCGGUAACUUAGGCUUAAAUGAACGUGCCAUUAUAGUGAAAGGAUUAUCGCAAAAACUCAUAAAGCUGCCAUGAAAUAAUUUUUUUUUCGUUCUAAUUAUAAAAUAAUAUAGUUAUAUAUAAAGUGACAAAAAUAAUGUAUAAUUUUAACUUAAGUCACAACAACUGUUGAUAUGAA